AAUGGAAAUGUGGAAAAGUGGGAUAAGAAAGAAGAGGAGGAAGAAUGUGGAGUGUGGAGUGGUGAUGAAGCAUGUCCCUUACAUUUGCAUUUGCAUUUGCAUUUGCAUUUGCACCCUCUCUUCACCUUCCUUCAAUUUCCACUCUCAGACUCAGGCAAUGGCAUAGCCCUUCUGUUUUCGUUAAGACUCAGGCAAAGCUUGUGGAUGCUGAUUCUGAUGCGGGUAUCUUGUGUGAGCCUUGCAAUGGAAGAGGGUGGUUAGUCUGUGACUUCUGCAAAGGCCAAAAGACCAACGUCAAAGCAGAAAACAACAAGCGUAUCUACCGUCGAUGUCCCUCCUGCAAAGCCGUUGGAUAUGUCCUGUGUUCCAACUGCAAGGUCUUCAAAUGCCUCACUUUUCCUGACUUCAACGAUUCCACCAAUUGAUCAUCGACUUUCCAAUGCCAAAUUCUUUGUCCCAUCAAACAUUCUUGUACAAUGUAAGGGAAGGGGGUAUCUCUUCUUAAUACAUAUUAGUUUAUAUCUAGUAAUUAUGCUUUUCAAAGUCAAUGUUCGGAAAAAUGUAAUGUAAGUAACUUCUGUUCUACAUUUCCUCUUUCAUGAAUAUUUCUCAGUGGUCUCUAAUGUCUCGUAACCUCUGUUUAAGAAAGAGAUUUAGAGUCUAACU